GCCGCCCGCUUUCCGUUCCGAGAGCCGCGAUCGGCCGGCUGAGGGGAGCCAGGGCGCGGGCGUCUGCGCUGCCGCCACCGCCGAGGAGCCGGCGCCGAGCCCGCGAUGGAAUAAUGCCCAGCGGCCCGCCCGGUCCCGGUAAUUUUCUGAUGUGACGGCUGAGACAUGAGAUCUUCAGCCUCCAGGCUCUCCAGUUUUUCAUCAAGAGAUUCACUAUGGAAUCGGAUGCCGGACCAGAUCUCCGUCUCCGAGUUUAUCGCCGAGACCACCGAGGACUACAACUCGCCCACCACGUCCAGCUUCACCACGCGGCUGCACAACUGCAGGAACACCGUGACGCUGCUGGAGGAGGCUCUAGACCAAGAUAGAACAGCCUUACAGAAAGUUAAGAAGUCUGUAAAAGCAAUAUAUAAUUCCGGUCAAGAUCAUGUACAAAAUGAAGAAAACUAUGCACAAGUUCUUGAUAAGUUUGGGAGUAAUUUUUUAAGUCGAGACAACCCAGAUCUUGGCACCGCUUUUGUCAAGUUUUCUACUCUUACAAAGGAACUGUCCACACUGCUGAAAAAUCUGCUCCAGGGCCUGAGCCACAACGUGAUCUUCACCUUGGAUUCCUUGUUGAAAGGAGACCUAAAGGGAGUCAAAGGAGAUCUCAAGAAGCCAUUUGACAAAGCUUGGAAAGAUUAUGAGACAAAGUUUACAAAAAUUGAGAAGGAGAAAAGGGAGCACGCCAAACAGCACGGGAUGAUCCGCACGGAGAUCACCGGAGCUGAGAUCGCGGAAGAAAUGGAGAAGGAGAGGCGCCUCUUUCAGCUCCAAAUGUGCGAAUAUCUCAUUAAAGUUAACGAAAUCAAGACCAAAAAGGGUGUGGAUCUGCUGCAGAAUCUGAUAAAGUAUUAUCACGCACAGUGCAAUUUCUUUCAAGAUGGCUUGAAGACAGCUGAUAAAUUGAAACAGUACAUUGAAAAACUGGCUGCUGAUUUAUAUAAUAUAAAACAGACCCAGGAUGAAGAAAAGAAACAGCUGACUGCACUCCGAGACUUAAUAAAAUCCUCCCUUCAACUUGAUCAGAAAGAAGAUUCCCAGAGCCGGCAAGGAGGAUACAGCAUGCAUCAGCUCCAGGGCAACAAGGAGUAUGGCAGUGAGAAGAAGGGGUACCUACUGAAGAAAAGCGAUGGGAUCCGGAAAGUGUGGCAGAGAAGGAAGUGCUCCGUCAAGAACGGGAUUCUGACCAUCUCCCACGCCACAUCUAACAGGCAACCCGCCAAGUUGAACCUUCUCACCUGUCAGGUGAAACCGAAUGCCGAGGACAAGAAGUCUUUUGACCUGAUAUCACAUAAUAGGACGUAUCACUUUCAGGCAGAAGAUGAGCAGGAUUAUGUAGCGUGGAUAUCAGUGCUGACGAACAGCAAAGAAGAGGCCCUCACCAUGGCCUUCCGUGGAGAGCAGAGCACGGGGGAGAACAGCCUGGAGGACCUGACGAAAGCCAUCAUUGAGGACGUCCAGCGGCUCCCAGGCAAUGAUGUCUGCUGCGACUGCGGCUCGUCAGAACCCACCUGGCUUUCAACCAACUUGGGGAUUUUGACCUGCAUAGAAUGUUCCGGCAUCCAUAGGGAAAUGGGGGUUCAUAUUUCCCGCAUUCAGUCUUUGGAACUAGACAAAUUAGGAACUUCUGAACUCUUGCUGGCCAAGAAUGUAGGAAACAAUAGUUUUAAUGAUAUUAUGGAAGCAAAUUUACCCAGCCCCUCACCAAAACCCACCCCUUCAAGUGAUAUGACUGUACGGAAGGAAUAUAUCACUGCAAAGUAUGUAGAUCAUAGAUUUUCACGGAAGACCUGUUCAUCUUCGUCAGCUAAACUGAACGAAUUGCUUGAGGCCAUCAAAUCCAGGGAUUUACUUGCACUAAUUCAAGUCUAUGCAGAGGGGGUAGAGCUAAUGGAACCGCUGCUGGAACCCGGACAGGAGCUCGGGGAGACAGCCCUUCAUCUUGCAGUCCGAACUGCAGACCAGACAUCUCUCCACUUGGUUGACUUCCUUGUACAAAACUGUGGGAACCUGGAUAAGCAGACGGCCCUGGGGAACACGGCUCUGCACUACUGUAGCAUGUAUGGUAAACCUGAGUGUUUGAAGCUGCUUCUCAGGAGCAAGCCCACCGUGGAUGUCGCUAACCAGGCUGGAGAGACUGCCCUGGACAUAGCAAAGAGACUGAAGGCCACCCAGUGUGAAGAUCUGUCUGUCCUGUGGCAGUCCCGUUUGUAUAAUCAGAGUUUUGCCUGCAGUGCAGCUACUGGUGAUGAAUCCGAAACCAGGAAUGAGCUUUCCCAGGCUAAAUCUGGAAAGUUCAAUCCACAUGUCCACGUAGAAUAUGAGUGGAAUCUUCGACAGGAGGAGAUGGAUGAAAGCGAUGAUGAUCUGGAUGACAAAGUGAGUCCGAGCCCCAUCAAGAAAGAGCGCUCACCCAGACCUCAGAGCUUCUGCCACUCCUCCAGCAUCUCCCCGCAGGACAAGCUGUCACUGCCGGGCUUCAGCACUCCGCGGGACAAACAACGGCUCUCCUACGGCGCCUUCACCAACCAGAUCUUUGUCUCCACAAGCACAGACUCACCCACAGCGCCGACUGCGGAGGCACCUCCGCUGCCUCCUAGAAACGCCGGGAAAGGUCCAACUGGCCCACCUUCAGCACUCCCUCUAAGCACCCAGACCUCUAGUGGCAGCUCCACUCUGUCCAAGAAGAGGCCUCCUCCCCCACCGCCCGGACACAAGAGAACCCUAUCCGACCCUCCCAGCCCACUACCUCACGGGCCCCCAAACAAAGGCGCAGUUCCUUGGGGUAACGACGUGGGUCCAUCAUCAUCGAGUAAGACCGCUAACAAGUUCGAGGGCCUGUCCCAGCAGUCGAGCACCGGUUCUGCAAAGACUGCCCUUGGCCCAAGAGUUCUUCCUAAACUACCUCAGAAAGUGGCACUAAGGAAAACAGAGACCAGCCAUCAUCUCUCCCUCGACAAAGCCAACGUCCCGCCCGAACUCUUUCAGAAGUCAUCACAGUUAGCAGAGUUACCGCAGAAGCCGCCACCCGGAGACCUGCCCCCGAAGCCCACGGAACUGGCUCCCAAACCCCCAAUCGGAGACUUGCCACCUAAGCCGGGAGACCUGCCCCCCAAGCCGCAGCUCGCAGACUUGCCUCCCAAGCCGCAGGUGAAGGACCUGCCGCCCAAGCCGCAGCUGGGAGACUUGCUGGCGAAACCCCAGGCGGCAGACGCCUCUCCCAAGGCCCAGCCGCCCCCAGAGCUCGCCCCCAAGUCACACCCGGCCGAUCUCUCCCCGAAUAUCCCGAAGCAGGCGUCCGAGGACUCCAACGACCUCACGCCCACCCUGCCGGAGACGCCCGUGCCGCUGCCCAGGAAGAUCAACACGGGGAAAAGUAAGGUGAGGCGAGUGAAGACCAUCUAUGACUGCCAGGCAGACAAUGACGACGAGCUGACCUUCAUGGAGGGCGAGGUGAUCGUGGUCACCGGAGAGGAAGACCAGGAGUGGUGGAUCGGGCACAUCGAAGGGCAGCCCGAGAGGAAGGGGGUCUUUCCGGUGUCCUUUGUCCACAUCCUGUCUGACUAGCAAAAAGCAGAACCUUCAGACUGUCUGCACCUGUCAUGCAAGACUGCUGCGUCCACGUGGCCCUGUGCUCACCGUGUAUAUAGCUGCUGUCACUGAACGGGACGCUCCCGGAGGGGCCGCCGCGGGAGGGGAACGUAGCGUGUGUUGUAAAUACCCUGUGGUCUCUGCCUUCGCCAGUAUUAGGGUAGCCUUGGGACCCGGUGCGCCUUACUGGUUUGCCAAAGCCGUCCUUGACAUCUAGCACUUACAUCUCUCUCUAUGCUGUUUUCCAAGCCAACAAACAAAAACAGGAAUAUAGGAACUGCUGGCUUUGCAAAUAGAAGUGGUCUCCAGCAGCCGUUGAAGGGCAUAGAGUUGCCUCUCUGUUCCUGACGAUACAGUAUUCUCCAUUGUGUUACUGAAAAUGCACCAUUAGCAAAGAGGUGGGUUCUGUUUUCCAGGUGAAACUUUCGGCUUCAUGACAGACCAGCCUGUAGUUAUCUGUGUACACAGUUUACAGCUACAAAAACCGACCUUGGUAUUUAUUACAGAAAAGUGCUCAGUUAAAUAUAAGUGUUAUUCCUUGAGCAAAAUAUUCACUGACCCAAAACCUUGGGUGGCAUUCUGCAGUGCCCAAAGCCUCAUGCAAGUUUAGACAAGUGGGUUUGCACUGUCUUAAGAGGAUGAGUACCCGCCCCUGAGAUAUUACCUCAUUAUGCAAAAAUAACAUAUCCUUCAUGACUAUUUUCACAGAAGUUUAAGACAUCUGAUGAAGUUCAACUUUCAGGAACCAAGGACUGCCAGAAAAUAUUAGCCUCUACAUUAUGCAUGCAUUUAGAAGCUUACCUGAAAUCUGCCUUUUAUAAAGGAAUAGUAUGGAUAAGUUGAACUGUACAUUUUUUAAACUUGAUUGCCAUUAAAGGAGAAAUUAUAAGGUUGCAACAGUAUUUGCUUCCAGUCAGUCAUUUGGCUUUCUCGAGAGUAUGCAUCUACAUAUCCCGUUACGAAUUAGCAUCCUUCAGAUGUACUAACGCCCCCAAUGUGUCCAUUUUAAAGUCUUUUCUGAGUUUUGUUCUUGAUAAAUUUAAACUUUCAAAAGAUUAUUCAGGAAGAUGACGAAUUCAAAAGUCAGUUCUGCACAUCAUUUAUCCCCCCUGCAGAAUCCAGGUGCUGAAACCAUCCUUCUCUUUUUCCGUUUUCUUUACUAAGCCCCAGUCAUAGAUAAGUUUUCCGAUCUCCAGCUCUGUUCAACAGACACGUUACCUUCAAGUCAAUUCAUAACCAAGUUUUUGAACGCUGCUAUGAAUUGCACUGUGAAACACGCUCUUCCUGCCGGGAGUCUCUGCCCCUCUCGGUUUCCUUCUCAUCCCAGCUGUGUCCAUCAGACCAUUAAGAAUAUCGUGAGUUUUUCAGUCUUUUACGUCAGUCUGAAUUUGGGGAAAGGAUACAGUCAUUUCGCUCCACAGUCAGUGGGUCUGCUCUCUGAUUCCGAGGCUCGUGUGUCGUUCUGGCGUUAAGUUUGCUUAAACUGCUGUGUUGGCAACAGCACAGAAAACUAAUAUUUUUAAGCAGAUAAUCUUGGCGAUGAGUAAGAAAUGUUCAUUUCACAGAAGCACAACUCCCAACCAAACCCUUAGGGGAAGGCUUCUUUAAUAGAGUCUAGAGUCAGUGCUCAGUGAAUAUUAAUUUAGUUCUGCUUAAGUGAUUACUAUGAAAACUUUGAAUAGCCACCUAAUCAAUAAACGUUGCAUGACAAACCUGCAACGUAUCAGCUGUUACUGGAAAAUGAUUUUAAGCAAUUGCUUCCUCAGCGUCAUGGCACACGUGAACCCCACACAGAACAAGACACCGGGAGCCAGCCGACGUGCUGGUGUAUGUGGCUGACAGCGUUCACAGCCUCAGUGUCUAAGCCACAUGGGUGUCAGGCCAGGAAGUCACUGUCUGAAGUUAUUUAGUGUCCCAGUUCAUUCAUCUAUACUUCUUAAGUUGUAUUGAAGCACCAUUCAUUUUUGUGGCCUACAGUAUUUUCAACUGAUCUCAAAAUAAACUGGCUUUUUAAAAAAACACGAGGUAGAUAUCUAAAAUUACAUGGAGUCAACGUCUAUUUUUUUCCCCUUUUGCAGUGACUUUUACACAAAUGCCUUUUCUUAAAAAAAAAAAAAACUUUGGGUUUUGUUUUCUUUCUUCUGGUUUUGUUUUUGUUUUCCAUCAGGAAUUUGAGUUCUCUCUAACCCAGCUUACUGUGGGACAUGGGAAAACUAGGUAUAAGUACCUUUGGCGACCUUGGUUGAGUUUGAAUCUGGUGUUGUUCUUAAACUCAGUGAUCCACUAUCUGCAAUUUUGUACAUGAUAUAGAGUAUUUUGAAGGUAUGGAACCUAUGGAAAAAAUAGCUAAUUAGUUCUUUCUCCCCCCUCAGAGGGGAAAGCUAUGUUCUGCAAAUAGUGUGUGUCUUAUUUUCCGGUUGAACAGCAAUUGCUAUUUAUUUUUUUAUUGCCUAGAACUUCCAACAUGUUGUAUAGGAAUCCCAUAGCGCCACGAGUUAAAUUCCGAAUUCCCACCUGGAUGUUACGCUCAGACAUCAGUACACUCAUCAUUUCACAUGUAUUUAAUGUGACAGUUUUCAAGUACUGUAUGUGUUCAUUUCUACUUUUUUUAAUAUUUAAAAUUGCUUUUAAAUAAACAUAUUCUCAGUUGAUCCCAAA